AUGGCCGCCCUCGCCGAGACGUCCCCGAACGUGCCGCCCGUGAACCGCUUCGCGCACGCCGAGGCCCAGGCGCGCAAGCGCGCGUCGUCCAAGGAGUCGCAGGGCACCACGCCGAUCCUCAAGAAGAUCAUCAGCGGCGACGAGUCGAGCGCGCGCGCGAAGGCCAACUGGAAGAAGGCGGGCAACGGCAUCCGCGCCAUGCUGCGCUUCAAGUCCGGGUCGACGCCGCAGGCGGCGCCGGAGGGCGCGAUCCCGGACCGCUUCGCGCACGGCGUCGCCGUCGCGAAGCGCAAGUCGCUGGAGGGCCAGGCGAGCCAGAGCAAGCCGUCGGUCCUCAAGGCCGUCGCCCAGGAGGUCUUCGUGCCCGGGCGGCUCUGCCUCUUCGGCGAGCACAGCGACUGGAGCGGCGCGUUCCGGCGCUUCAACCCGGCCAUUGGCGUCGGCGCGACGCUCGUGCUGGGCACGACGCAGGGCCUCUACGCGCGCGUGCGGCGGACGGCGAAGGCGGAGCUCGUCUUCACGGCGACGGACAACGACGGCACGCGCCUGGGCCCCUUCACCUGCGCCAUGGAGCGGCGCGCGCUCGCGAAGCUGGCCGCCGGGGGCGGCUUCUUCUCCUACGUCUGCGGCGUCGCGUGGGUCGUGCUCACGAACCACCGCGUGGGGGGCGUGGAGAUCGACCAGCACACGACGACGCUGCCCCUGCGCAAGGGCCUGAGCUCGUCGGCGGCGGCCUGCGUGUUGGUCGCGCGCGCCUUCAACAAGUGCUACGGCCUCAAGCUGUCGACGCGGGGCGAGAUGGAGUACGCGUACCAGGGCGAGAUCGCGACGCCGAGCCGCUGCGGCCGCAUGGACCAGGCCUGCGCGUUCGGGUCGCAGCCGACGCUGCUGACCUACGACGGCGACCGGCUCGAGGUCGAGGUCGUCGACGUCGCGAAGCCCAUCCUUUUAAUCAUCGUCGACCUCGGCUGCGUCAAGGACACGCCGUUGAUGCUCGAGUCGCUGCAAAAAUCCUUCCCGGGCCCGCCGGCGGACGACGUCGGCCGGGGCGUCCACGAGUGGCUCGGGCCCGUGAACCGGGCCCUCGUGGCCCGGGCCCUCAAGGCCGUCGAGGCCGGCGACGCGGAGCUGCUGGGAACGCUCAUGACGGAGGCCGCGCGCGACUUCGACAAAUACGGCGCGCCGACGUGCCCGGCGCAGUUCGACGCGCCGACGCUGCACCGCGUCCUCGCCUACGAGCCGCUCCAAACACUGACCUGGGGCGGCAAGGGCGUCGGCUGCGGCGGCGAGGGCUCGUGCCAGUUCGUCGCGCGGUCCGAGGCCGCGCGCGACGCGGCGCUGAAGAUCAUCGCCAACGACCUGGGAUUGUGGUGCUGCGGCAUCGACGUCGGCGGCUCCCGCGGCGUGCGGCGCGCCAUCAUCCCCGCCGCGGGCUACCACGGCGCGCUCUUCCCCGCGUCGCACGUGACGCCGUCGCCGCUCUGGCCGGUGCUCGACGUGUCCGACGGUUUGGUCAAGCCCGCGCUCAUGCUGACCAUCGCGGAGCUCGUGGACCGCGCGGGCAUGGAACAAGUGUACGUCGUGAUCCAGCGCGGCGACGUCGCGAGCUACGAGCGCGCUUUGAUGCGGACGCCGCUCGACGCGUCGAACGAGCACCAGCUCCCGCCCAAGGCCGCGGCCUACGCGGCGACGGCGAAGCGCCUCGGCGGCCACGUGCAUCUCGUGUGCCAGGAGACGCAGGACGGCCUGGGCCACGCGGUGCUCUGCGCGCGCGACUUCGUCGCGCGGCACUCCUCCGCGGCCGGCGGGCCGCCGACGGUGCCCGACGAGCCCUUUUUGCUGGUCUUAGGCGACCACCUCUACACGGCGCGGGGCGAGCUCUCCUGCGCGCAGCAGCUUCUCGCGGCGCACGCCGAGAGCCCCGCGAAGGGCGCCGUCGCCGUCGCGUACUCGACGCCCGACGAGGCGUCCCACUUCGGCGUCGUCGCCGGGUCCGUCGAGGAGACGCCGCUGAAGCGGGCGUCGUCGGCCGACGACCUCGCCAAGCUCGACACGGCGUCGCAGCGCAAGAUCAACGUCCCCGCGUUCGCGAUCUCCCAGAUGGUCGAGAAGCCCGACGCGGCGGAGGCCGCGGGCCUCGCGGUGCCGGGCCUGUCCGACGGCCGGCCCGACUCCGUGCUCACGGUCUUCGGCAUGUACGUCCUGCCGCCCCGCGUCUUCGACUACCUCGACGACGACGUCCGCGCGAACCGCCGCCAGCGCGGCGUCUUCGGGCUCACGUCCGCGCUCCAGCGCUGCGCGGACGGCGACGGCCUCCGCGGGAUCGUCGUCGACGGCACGCGCUUCGACUUCGGCGACGCGACGGCCUUCGCGCACACCUGGUCGAAGUUCUCCGAGGGGGUGUAA